AUGCUGCCCUCUUCGAACCCACGCAUGCUUGGAUGGUUUGCAAUCACAACACUUGUGGUACUUUCACUUGUAGACCAGGCUCAGUCAAAGUUACUCCCAGAUCCAGGUGAUCUGAGAUGGCCCAGACGUCGGAACACACAAUUCGAAAAACCAGAACUCGGCGUCGAUCUGACAGAUCUCCUCACACAGCGAGACUUGGAUGAAGAUCCGCUCCUUGAGAAAGCAAUGCAAGUCAUCGACAGUGUUGCCACAAGAUCGACCUGCCAUCAAGCUGCCGCUGCUCAAUUGCUUGUCACUUGUAAAGCGGUAGGCAAAGACCUCGCUGCUGAAGAAGGGAAACAUGAACUCCUGGAACGUGCCAAAUCGGUCUAUGCCGCAAGGCUAUCAGUCUGUGAAACUGGUGAAGGCAGAGCUGCGAUCCCAGCCAUCUGCAAGCCCAUUCUCGCAAUUCCGCGUCAUCUGAACCGUGAAUUUGAGGUUGUCAACAGUGUCUCUUUACCACCUUGUCUGGAGGCGUUGAUGGCGGAGCACUAUUAUUGGACGAGCUAUAGCAACAGCAGACAGGAUGCGAACACCCUGUGUCAAGCAGUCACGCUGGAAUCAGCCAAAUUGGAAGCACUUCAAUCCUAUCAACGUCUCGCGGAACUCUUGCCAAGUUUUCGGAAUGACCUCCUUUCUACCCGCUCCCAAUGGCUCGCUUUUGUCAAGCAGCAGGAAGAAAGCACUCGAGAGCUGGAAAUAAUGCAGAAAAAGAACCAAAAAGAUGCCGAGACUACACACAAGCUUGAGAUGAAGCACUUUCACUCUGCCAUGAAACUAGCAAAAGAGGAGCUUGCUGACGCUUCUCGAUUGAUGCAGAAAUCCUUGGCUAACACUGGUACUGGGAUCGAUCAGAGUCGUGAGGCCAUUGCACAAGUCCUCGCUGAUUUUAGAAGCCUCAGGAGGCUCCUAGGCGAGGCUAUGGUCUCGGCGGACAAAGUUAACGCCGAAAACGCCGCAAAACACGCAGCGGAGAUCCAAAGUAUACAUGAUCUUGCUCUAGUGACAUCAGAAGUGCUUCAAGAUACCAAUGUGAAAGAUGUUAUGACGGAUCUGAACCAACUGGCGACUCACAUGCGAGCAGAACUCAACGAAAUCCUCGAUGCUCAGAUCACACAAUCAUCCAGUAUGCAGCGCCAUCUCCAGCUAAGCGAGCAAAUUACUGAAAACCAGAAGUCCGGCCUUGCCUGGAGCGAACAAUUGAACGGGAAUGCAGCACAUCUAGCUUUAGAACUCAACAGUGCAAGUGGACUUGCAGGUCAGAUGUCCCACCGCUUGGAACAUGUAAACCAAGCCCUUGGGCGCGUCGAGAGAGCUUCCUCCACUCUGAGCACAAUAUUUGCGCUUGUUGCUAUACCUUCCCGUGUCCUAGAUUUCAUUCAUCUUAGGCUGCUCGGUGUCUUUGCCCUACCCGUCCUGAUACUAUACUUCUGCAAGCCGUGGAAGUACUCCUGCAUCCUUGGCACAUUAUACGUCUUUCUCGAAAGCUUCAUGUCGCUUAUUCACGAGUACAAAUCCACGAUAACAACUAUUUGCCUGCGGCUAUGGCGCUAUUUUCUUGCCUCAUUGCUUUUCAGCUGGCAUUUUCUGAGCACAACCAAGUUGUUGACUGUGGCCAUCUUGGUAUAUUUGGCCGUCAGGAUCGGCUCGAAGAUUCUUCGCGAACGGAAGAACCGCAUCAUGACGAUACCCGAAUUGAGAUAUGCCUUCGAGCAUCAACGGCUCAAACGGGACGUUGAGACCGAACAACGCCUCCGCAGCGGAAAACGACGGCGAUCCUCGGAUGAAAGAUAUCGUCGAGCAGCCACGGUGUGCUGA